AUAGAAAAAGGAUGUGAAGUUUAUUCCAUGUUAUUUAUUCGAUUGUUUUAUUUGUUUUUUUUUCUAGUUUAUUUUAGUGUGUCUCUAAUGUCUAUAUAUGUCCCUCUACUUGUCUCUAAUUGUCUCUAAUCGCUCUCCAUGGACGUCUCAUUCAUAGCAGGUUGACGUGUGUGUGUUUCCACGGAGACACUGGGAUCAGUUUAAUGUUUAGAGACAAUGAGGAAGUGGACUCUGAUCUCAGGGUUUGUUAUAGCUCCGUGGGACAGAGGGAGACAGAGAAAGACGAAUCCCCCGAAGCGUCUGCUCCUGGACGUCUUUGAGGAUGAAGCUGGACGUGAAGAUCGAGUUCUUAAAGUUCUUUUCGGCCGUGACCAACACCAUCUUCCUGGUUCUGGGUCUCAGCGUGUUCGGCUGUGGCGUCUGGAUCGAGUUCGGCCAUGGAACCUUCAUGAACAUCUUCUCUUCUGCCGAGCUGCAGACGGUGGCUGUGGGGCUGCUGGUGAUUGGUGGAGUGGUGGUGACCAUCAGCAUCGUUGGAUGUGUUGGAGCCAGUGUUGAAAAUAGAUUCAUGCUUCUGGUGUACUGCAGCUUCCUGUUCAUGCUGAUCCUGGGUCAGCUCUUCAUCAUGCUGCUGCUGUUCUUCAACAGAGACUCGAUUGAAGACAGUUUGAAUGAUGCUGUAGAUAAGAUCAUCAUUGACUAUGGAGGAAGCAACUUCAGCAAGUCUGAGGUUGAUCUGGUGGACAGUCUGCAGAGAAACAGGGAGUGCUGUGGCAGGAACGGGCCUCAUGAUUGGCUUAAGAACAAGCAUCUAGAGACUCUGAACCUGACUCAUGGAGAACCAGAGGUUCUCCCCUGCUCCUGCUUCAACUCUUCUAAAGUGUCCACGUACCUGUGGUGCUCCGAGGUCCCCAACAUCACGGAACCGGAGAUCGGACUAGAAAACGGAACCUUCGACCAGGGCUGCCAACAUGAGCUCAGUAUAUGGCUGGAAGAAAACUCUGUGACCAUCGUAGGCAUGGUCGUUAGCCUCAUACUCCUCCAGAUGGUCCAGUUUGCGUUUGCCGCGUCUCUGUACCGAUUGUUUGGAACAAAAGCCUCUUUGAAAGAAACCAGUCGUCUGAUUGACAACCAACCAGACCACGAACCUGACAUCGCUACUGAGACGGACCAGAACCACCAUCAUGGCAACCAGGGCCAGUACCACUAUCAAGACCAAGACCAGAACCACUAUCAAGACCAAGACCAGGGCCAGUACCAGGGCCAGAACCACUAUCAAGACCAAGACCAGGGCCACUACCAGGACCAGGACCAGGGCCAGUACCAGGGCCAGAACCACUACCAGGACCAGGGCCAGUACCAAGGCCAGAACCAGAACCACUACCGGGACCAGUACCAGGGCCAGGACCAGGGCCAGUACCAAGGCCAGGACCAGUACCCGGGCCAGAACCAGAACCACUACCAGGACCAGGAACAGGGCCAGUACCAAGGCCAGAACCACUAUCAAGACCAAGACCAGGGCCAGUACCAGGGCCAGAACCACUACCAGGACCAGGACCAGGACCAGGACCAGGACCAGAACCAGAACCAGAACCACUACCGGGACCAGUACCAGGGCCAGGACCAGGGCCAGUACCAAGGCCAGGACCAGUACCAGGGCCAGAACCAGAACCACUACCAGGACCAGGCACAGGGCCAGUACCAAGGCCAGAACCACUAUCAGGGCCACGGCCAGGGCCAGUACCAGGGUCAUAACCAGAACCACUACCGGGACCAGUACCAGGGCCAGUAUCAGGGCCAGAACCCCUACCAGGACGAGCAUGAGGACGAGGACCAGGACCAAGGCCAAAACCAAUACCACUACCAGGGCCAGUACCAGGGCCAGAACCAGUACCAAGGCCAGUACCAAGGCCAGUACCAGUACCAGAACCCAGUGUUCCAAUAGAAGCCACCAUGCUAACAGUUAUCUCAGUGCUACCAGUCAGCUCAGGGCUAAGAGUUAGCUCAGGGUUAUGAGUUAGCUCCAUGCUAACAGUCAGCUCAGGGCCAACAGUUAGCUCAGGGCUAACAGUUAGCUCAGGGCUAACCUCAGCUCCAUGCUAACAGUUAGCUCAGGGCUAACAGUCAGCUCAGGGCUAACCUCAUAUCCAGGCUAACAGUCUGAACUGUCCCAGCGUUUUAAGUUUUUUUAGUUUCAUUGUUUUUAUUUGUUUUUCAGCAUCAACGUUAUGAUCAAAAUAAAAUAAAUGUUUCAAAGGAUUAUUUUAGCUUUUAUGGAACCAAUGAGCAAAUAAACUUCUAAGAAACUUUGAUACAAUUAUGACGUAAAUAAAUGAAUGUAUGAACGGAGAUUUAAAGGAUGAACAUUAUAAAAACGAAUGGACAGAAGGAAGAUUUUUAUCUCACUUCCUGUUUGUCUCAUGUCUCUGUAGAUCAGCUGAUCUGUUACCGCGACAAUGUGGUUCAGUUUGUUUUUGCUUUUUGUAAUAAAUGAUUUGAUGAAA